GAUCGAGCAGUCAGAGGUGAUAACUGCAUGGAGAUCGAUCGAGACGCAUCCGAAUACAUCCGCGGACCCUCUUGGAAGUGAUCGAGCAGGUCCUACAUUGGAACGACCAUGCAGUCCAAGUUCUUUACUUUGCAAGUUAGACAGCCAUUGUCACAUAGAUAUGCGAUUCUGAUCGAUGCGGAUAUAAUAUAUAUGUUUGUGAUAGUGUACUGCGCUAUAUAUAGUGUGUGGAAAAGGCACUCUGAGGUGAGACUGUAUUAUUCACAGCAAUCACAGCUAUCGGAACCUCUCCCUAGCGGCACACGGAGAAAGGUUUGGAAGCAGAAGAUCGAGUCCAAGGGGAAUCACGCGCAGCAACUUCUGUGGGUGAAGGUCGUCCAAGAAACAUGUCUGCUACAGCUGCAACUCCGAGCAACAAUGACAGCAAACAGCCGGCUCAGAUCGGCAAAGGUAUCAAGUUCCUCUUUGGAGGAACAGCAGGGAUGGCUGCCACAGUUUUUGUCCAGCCUCUGGAUCUGGUCAAAAACAGAAUGCAGCUCAGUGGUGAAGGAGGCAAGGCCAGAGAACACAAAACCAGCUUGCAUGCCAUUCGAUCUAUUUUGAAAAAUGAAGGUGUCAGAGGCAUUUAUACAGGAUUAAGUGCCGGACUUCUGAGGCAAGCUACAUACACCACCACACGAUUAGGAAUUUACACCACACUGUUUGACAUAUUCUCAAAAGAUGGCAAGCCUCCUAGCUUUAUCAUGAAAGCUUUUAUAGGAGUGACUGCAGGAGGUAUUGGGGCCUUUGUAGGCACACCUGCAGAAGUUGCUCUCAUCAGAAUGACAGCAGAUGGCAGGUUACCCCUUGAUCAGCGAAGAGGUUACAAGAAUGUAGUGGAUGCCUUAGUGAGGAUUGUUCGAGAAGAAGGUGUACUGACUUUAUGGAGAGGCUGUAUACCCACAGUUGGAAGAGCAAUGGUUGUUAAUGCUGCUCAGCUUGCCUCCUACUCUCAGGCUAAGCAGCUGCUGUUAAGCACAGGGUACUUUGUAGAUGGCUUGUUCCUACAUUUCGUGGCGAGCAUGAUAAGUGGCUUAAUAACAACAGCAGCAUCCAUGCCUGUUGACAUUGCCAAAACCAGGAUCCAAAACAUGAAGAUGAUUGAUGGAAAACCUGAAUACAAAGGAGCUCUGGAUGUGCUUAGCACGGUUGUAAGGAAAGAAGGCUUCUUUUCCCUGUGGAAGGGGUUCACCCCCUAUUAUGCUCGGCUGGGACCUCACACUGUGCUAACCUUCAUCUUCCUGGAACAGAUGAACAAAGCCUACAGCAAGUAUGUCCUCCAUAAUGAAUCUGCAUCAGGAGGCCUCUAACCAUAGGCUGCUGGCAGUCUCUUUGCGUGCAUACAUUUAUUUUUUUAAAACCUGUUAUUAUUACGGUGUAGCAUAAAUCAUUAUCAUAUGAUAAUGAUUCUAAGUUGCAGAAAUGAUGCCAAUUUCAUGGAAAGGAAGGUUGCUGCAGAACUGCAUUUGACUGUUAAAAAUACUUCAUGCUUGCAGAUAUAAUAAGGGAGAGUGCCCAUGGAUUAUCACAAUUUGUGUGGUAGAGCAUUAAGAAUAUAGGCAUCAUGUAUGUUGCAAGGCAGAAAAUUUUUAGUUUAGAAAACGUUUAGAACCCUGUUUACUCUGAUUUCUGAUCUCUUUUUUUAUGUUUUGGAUAGAUAGUUUCAACAUUAAAUUGUGCAUAGCAUAUUGUGUAGAUAAUAAGGGGUAUAUAUAACUGCAGCAUAGUGUAUGCAUGUUUACAAGUGCAGACUACAACUGUUGACUUACAACAUACACAUAUACAUGUUGAUGGCAUAGGAAGAUGCCCAGCUUUGAGGGGGCAAACUCCAUGCUGACAGUGAAUGAUGCUCACACUCACUCAUUAUGACAGAAAAGGAGGGGGUGCAUGAGUGCAGACAAACACACACAUACAGGGUUGUAACAUCACAACACAGGCUGCUUUCAGUGUUAAACGACGUAGUAACACUUCACAAGAAACAGAACUAAUUUAAAAAUGACACCCCAUUAUCACAAUCACAAGAAAUUAUGUAAUAUUCAGAAUAAGAGAAACUUUAUAAUCAUAUUAAUCACAUUCAAGCAAGUCAGGAUGCCAAAAAAAAAAGACCCUUGCAUCUUCUUUGAUUAAUGCCUUUGUUUUUUGUUUUUUUUUAGUAAAGCAGUGUUUCCUUUUCCUCUGUUUAAAUCGAGGAUAGAGGUUCAAAAGCAUAACUUUAUUCUGUAAAUAAAGAUUUGUCUUUUGUCUCUCUCUCUUUUGGCUCCUCUACCUUUUUUUGUGCUUUUCUACUUUUUACACAUCUCAAGCAUUGGGCUGUGGGUGUGUGUGUGGGGGACCUCAGCAUCCUUUUUGAGGAAAAUGGUUUCUAGACCACUCCAUGUGAGGGUAUGCAUGCAUAGGCAUGGCAGCUGGUAAACUAAAUGUGUAUAAUAGGUUCAUUUGCCAUUCUCUGUGUUCUACCAGUGCAGAGAGUUCAGCUUCUGACAGUAGCUCGAUCUCAUGCACAACACAUAAGCAUGGUAGAAGGAUGUGUGUGUAGAUGGUUGUGUGGUCUCUUAAUUUUCUACAACAUAUCAGAGCAGUUAGGGUUUUUUUAAUUUAUAUUUUAUAUAUUUUGGUUUCAGACCAGUUAAAUAAAAAUGUAGGAGGCAUUUUUAUUCCUCAGUUAUCUUCUGUUGGUGACUCCUUAUUAAUCAAAGAAGGCAUUAAUGCAGUGAUGCAAGGGACAUUUUAUUUUAUCCCUUGAAGAAACAUGUAUGUUAGGAUCAUUGCUUGAGGCUGUUUGCAGUGCUUGCACUAUGUCAGAAGCAAGAAGUAGUAAAAAAGAUGCUGCAAUUUUGCUCUAAGUAAAUGGAAUUUAUUGCCCCCUAAAUGUAUGGUUUAUCAUGCUGAUUUUUCUCCAAUUUAAAUAUGCGAGCCUUAUUAUUACCAGGAUAAUGAAAUACAGAGUGGCCAGUUUUGGUAUGAAAUCGAUUAGUUUUAUGGAUCAAUGAACUUUGGUAAUAUGCUGAAAGGUCAGAUGUGUCUAGCAUGGUUAGCAUUGCCAAGAGUUUUCUGUCACUAAAAGGCACUUUUAAAUUUAAAAUUCUAUGAAUGAUAGAAAUAUGUCAUUAUCUAAUGAUUAAAGUAUAAACUGUGAAGGGCCUUAUCAAUAUUAUCUUUACUGUUACAAUUGCUGCCAGCUCUGCUGGAUAUCACGAUCACUGUUAGUAACAGCUAAAUGAAAGUAUAUUCACAAAAAGACUUACAAGAAAAUAUAACUACAUACAUACGGCUAUGUGUUACAUGAGUACACCUAUGUGUAGAUGCUUACAUUUAUAAAAAGAAGAUGGAGCAUUUGGCUAAUUCUAAAAUGGAAAUAUAUAAUUAGAAUAAGCAGCUUCUUAGCUGCAGUUUGUUGAUCAGAUACUUAGUCAACCAAUACAGUAUACAAUAUCAUACUAGUCGUCUUAAUGAUUCAGGUUCAUUGUUUUUUUUAAUUUUAUUUUACUACCCUUAAUCUUUUCAUUACUAUAUUUCAGAAAUCUAAUACUGUGAUCAGGAAUUACAUAAUAUUGAAUGACCUGUUUUUUUUCCCCAAAUUAUAUUCUUUGGUGUUCAAUAAUCCUUUUGUUUUUAAGUUCUACGUUUGUUUAUAUUUAAUAGACAGUGUGCUAUAUAACUUUUGUAACUUUUAUGAAAUAAACUUGCAAAUGAUAAGCAUUACUUUCUGCAGAUGUGACCUUACUAUACCUGUUUUCAUUUGAUAUAAGUUACACUUUUGACGUCACGUCUAUAAUUAUCAUGAGACAAGAUGUCAAGAAAAGUGAAAUAAAUGAGACAGACAACUA